UCGAGAGAUCGUUUAGUAUCGAUCAGUUCUCUGGCAGAUGCAUACACUUUGAGGAACUCCGUAGUUUUUCCAAGAAAUAUCUUCUGCUUCCAAAAAAUCGUAGUGAUGAACGUAUUUCUUGGGUCCUAAAAAGGCUUCGGAAUUUCAUUUUUUUUUUAAGUUUUAACGGAACAUUGCCGUGAAUUUCAUAGGAGAAAUUCUUUCGGCCAUUUUUCACUCUCCAGUUCCAAACAACCGUGUCUCUUACGGUCUGCAAUGGCGGAGACGAACGGGGCCGCCAAUUUAAACACAAAAAAUGGAAAUUUUAUCUGUGGUGUAGUGGAAGGAUUUUAUGGGCGUCCUUGGACAACGGAGCAGCGAAAGGAUUUAUUUCAAAAGCUAAAGAAAUGGGGCAUGGACUCCUACUUAUAUGCACCAAAGGAUGAUUAUAAGCAUCGUGCAUACUGGCGUGAUUUAUAUACUGUUGAAGAAGCUGAACAUCUAACAGGAUUAAUUGCAGCUGCUCGAGAAUGUGGAAUUACAUUUUAUUAUGCCUUAUCGCCAGGCUUAGAUAUUACAUACUCUAGCACAAAAGAAAUAACUGCAUUGAAAAGGAAACUCGAACAAGUUAGCCAAUUUGGCUGUACAGCAUUUGCCUUAUUGUUCGAUGAUAUUGAACCAGAAAUGAGCGAAGCAGACAAAGAAGUGUUCCAGUCAUUUGCACACGCACAAGUCUCUGUGACAAAUGAUAUUUUUCAUCAUCUUGGCCAGCCACGAUUCCUCUUGUGUCCAACACAGUACUGUGGGACACGCGCGAUGCCGAAUGUCGCAACGUCAGAGUACCUUAAUACGCUUGGUAGUAAAUUAGCACAAGAAAUAGAUAUAAUGUGGACUGGUCCAAAGGUAAUUUCAAGACUCCUGACAAUCGAAUCUAUAGAAGAGAUCACGGAAGUCCUAAGAAGGCCACCAGUUAUCUGGGACAAUCUUCACGCUAAUGAUUACGAUCAAAAGCGAGUAUUCCUUGGGCCAUAUGCUGGAAGGUCUCCAGAUCUUAUUCCCAAGCUCAGAGGAGUAUUAACUAAUCCUAACUGCGAAUAUGGCGCAAAUUUCGUCGCAAUUCAUACCUUAGCACAAUGGAGUAGAUGUAAUGUAGACGGCAAAAGAGACUUGAGUUUAAAUGACACUGUAUCAGCGGAUAUUAAAUUGGAAACUGAGACUGAAGACGGUGUGAUAGGAGAAGAUGUUCCAUCGACACUAUCUCCAAACAUGUAUCAUCCACGACGUGCAUUAAAGAAUUCUAUAAAUGAUUGGCUCGCGGAGUUCAGUAGAAAGCGUGCUGCGUGGGGUGUCAUAGCAAAACCACAACCAUGCGUCGCACCGACCAUACCAAUUCCUAUUAUUCCAUCAGUGAAUACUUGUAUGAGUCUCACUGCCACCACGAACACUACCGUAUCUGCCACAACUGCUCCUGUAAAUAAUUCAAAUCAUCUUCAAGCAUUAGCAGAGGUUUGCUCGAAUGUAACGGGAAGUGAGAACUUCCCGCCGCCGCCGACAACAGGACCUGUUAUGAACUCUCUAGUGUCUGAUACAAAAGUUGUUAGCGAGCCCAUCAUGCCCGCAGUUACACCUUUGGGAGUUCCCAGUGCGCCUGUACCCGCUGCUCCUUCUACAGAACCGAUGGACUGUAACACCACUCCUGGAAAUUCGCCCAUUCAUCUGGUUAAAAUACCAACAGAGGAUGAUUCGAUGGUAGAAAAUACUUCGACAUGUAGUGGUGCUUCAGGAAGUAUGCAAGUCGAAGUAGAUGGAACUUCACCCACAGUGAACGGCACGCAAAUGAUAGUUGAAAAUGAUAAUGAGAAUCAUGAUAGCGCAGAUUUACUCGACGUAAAGGAUCCAGAUAAGCAACUUACGCAGGAAGACCUAUCGCUCCUAUGUGAUCUAUUUUAUCUACCAUUUGAACAUGGUGGUCAAGGUAUACAGUUAUUACAAGAAUUCAAUUGGUUGAAAAGCAACGCUCAAGUUGUAAUAAAGAAAUCUAAGGACGAAGAAGAAAAUUCGAAAGCUGAUGCUGACGAAUGGCAUGCUCGUGCUGCUAAGAUGAAUGAUAUGUGUAACGCAGUAAACAGAUUGUUCCAAAGACUUACAUACUGCAACAAUCGCGAACUAGUGUACGACCUUUAUUCGUACGUUUGGGACAUGAGAGGUGUCGUGUCCCUUUUAAAUAGUUACGUGAAAUGGCUGGCGUUUGGCAGAUUCCCGUCGACGAUGACAACCUUUACCCAGGGCAGCUACACAUGGUUUUCGAAUGGCUGGAAAGAAACAUUUAUGAGUGGAGACCAAGAACCAUGGGUGUUUCGUGGUGGACUAACAGCUGACUUGCAGAGACUGAUUCCAGUGGAUAGUGGCAAUGAUUUAUUUGUCUACAAAGCACCAGAAGUACCCAGCAGUAAGAUAUAUACUAUUCGACCUUAUUUACCUGGCGAUGAAGAUGCCGUUUACGCUGUUUGUAAUCAAAUUACCGGCUGCACGUCAUCUGCUGUAGCAGAUAGGCUUGUUGGUGGAUUCUUAACGUUAAGUCCAGAACUUUGUAUGGUCGUUGAAGACGAAGAUGCUAUUGUGGGUUAUGCUCUAGCUGCCCUUAAUAUUAAAACUUUUAAUCAAAAGCUUGCCGUCUCUUGGAUUCCUGAAUUGAAAGCCAAAUAUCCUUUGGAUGACAAUAUAAAUGAUCUACCACCUAAUGUUCAGGAAGCAAUACGAUUCUUACAUUCCUUUGUGCCUGAUACGCCAGAACAGUUAUGUAGGCAACAUCCUUCGCAAAUGCUAUGUGCAGUAUUACCCACCGUGCAGGAUCAGUCUGUUCCAAAACGUUUGGUCACAUGUGUUCUCGCCGCUUUGAGGGCUAAUGGCUCUUUUGGUGUUCAUAUGACGAUACCUUCCACCGACAAAGAAUCUCAUGAAUUUUACGGUAAACUAGGAUUUGUCGACUUGAACACCACUCAAGACGAAAGUCCUAGUAGCAUCACAAUGUGCAGAAGUUUCUAACAAAAAGCAAGCACACCAGUAAUGCUUAUUAAUAAGUUAUCCCUGUCCAGCCCGCAAACGAAACAAAUUACGGUAUAGAACAUUUGUCUAUGCCGAAUUCCUCGGUUCUACAUUUUCUUCGAGAAAGGUAUGCUGACGUUAAAACGCCCCAAUGCUCAUUUUACACGUUCACUUCGGCAUUUUUCGCGGAAGGUAUAUUCUGUGAUAUAGCACCUCCGCGAUUGCAUAUGUCGCUCAUGAACCUUCGGGUAGUCACAUAUGUGACGGGGUUCGUUGACUAUGAAUUUUGAACCUGUAAAUCAUUCAUUGUCAAAAUACGCGUGAGGAUUUAUCACAGGAAGAGAUAGGGACACGUAUUUUGUGAGAGUAUUCGCUUGGCGACAUAGACCCGUUUGUAUUGUACAUAUUUGAUAAGUAAGCAUUCAGAGAAUACGGCUUCAUCAUAUCAAAUCAUAAGAAGACAUGAGUAUGGCAACAUUGAAAUAUGAAAUAAUGAAGAAAACGUGCAAUACGGAAAAUAACGAAACAUCUAAUAUAUUGAAUAUUGAUCAUGACGUAUCGAGUGAUAAUAGAAAGCACCAGAUUCAUAAUAAUGUAAAAAAAAGUUAACACUACAAAUGUUACAAGCAACAGAAAGUUCAUACAGUCGCGAUGUGUAUUUCUGAUACACAGUCAACUCAAAGAUCAGUUAUAUGGAUUACAGUUUUUUUUCUCUUUUCAUAAAUGUCAUUUACAUGGCCGACUUAAAAUGGUUAACCAAUUGGGCACUUACUGAACAAAUACUGAUCACUGAUAACUAAUUACUUGGCGAAGUUAAUUCCUGGGCAUUUUUUUUAAAGACAUCUGCUCAAUGUUAUACCCAAUAAUUCUGUUUUACUUUUUAUGAAAACACCGAGUGACCCAUUUUAAAAAAGUAUUUAUUGUUUGGGUAAAGAUUUAAUCGUUGCGACAUUCGUAACGCAUACGUUUUAACUUUAUAUAAUUUCGUACGGCAUCUCUUAAUCGUAUUUUUGUAUCAAGGCUACAAACAUUAAAAAAUAUAACGGUUUCAAUAGAUAUACAAAACAGGUUUCUUUAUUGCUAAUGGGAGCCUAAAUUAUAAUAAUGGCGGAGCAUUCACUAGCCCAAACUAAUUGAAUCUCUGCAGGAAUGAUAGGAGCUGCAUAAUUAGCAAUCGUCGAUAGCACGUUUUAUAUUGUGUGACAAGUAAGUAAGCACACAUCACAGAACUAUAAAUUUAAAUUCGAUUAGCGAAAAAGAAUCGUACACGAGUAAGUCUUAACGUCAUGGGAAUUUAUCAAUUACUCAAUUACGGGAGAAACUUAAUCAAUAAGAAUUAGCAUUUCGAUGUACAGUUACAUUAGAUAAAAAAAAAUAAGAAUAUUGAAUUAAAUUCUCUUUAGACGUGUAAAGUUUUUAAUUAGUCACCUACAAUUAAUCGUUAAUACUAAUAGUUCAUUUUACUUUACUUCAUCGUAGCUUUGUUACCAAAUUUUCUUAAAUCUAUUCCUAUGGUCAUUUGGAUUUACACAAUCAAUUUCAAAUUAGGGAUUAAAUUGAGGUGCCCUGUCGACGAGAAACCUCACGGUUGUCGCGAAUGACGUAUAUAAAUAGUUGCUCUUUUUAGAUGUAUUUUAUUAAUAGGAAUCGUGGCUCAUAGAACUUUUUAUACUAAUGCAUCUUCGCGAUAACUCAAUAUUCGAUUCCGAUAUCGAGAUUACUGGAAUUACAGAUUAUCAAUACUUUACAUUCUUUUUAUUUUAAUGGCACUUUCAUCUCAUACUGUCACUUCUUUAAAAUUUAUGUGAUUAUAUUCAAUUUCUGUAAACAAAAAUUAAUCUCAUAACUGAUUUUAGUGAUAUCGUUGCCAUAGUCAGUUUGAUUUUUGAAUAAAGCGGAAAUAAUUUACUGUAUAAAAUGUAGACUCUUUUGUUAAAUGCUUCUUUACAUGCACGGCUCAGUUAUGGGUAUGAUGAUAAUCUUUCCAGUCGUCUCGCUACCGUACUUAUUAUACACUGUAUCUGCAAUUAAUCAUACAACACGAUACGCCAUUAACUUUGAUUUAUUUAAAUAAACAUAUAAAGACUGA